AUGUCCACACCAUCCCCCUCCUCCUCCUCCUCCUCCUCCUCCUCCUCAUCAACCCCAAUCCUCCCCAGCAGCAGCACCACCAGCAAGCGCACUCCAGAAACCCACUUACAUAUGCAUCACAACGACAAUGACGAUGUAUCAGGACAGCCUCCCCAGGAUGACAGCACGAUGAAACUUGAACCGCGAAGUGGGAAGACUUUUAUAGCUGUUUUACGCAUACUCCAUGAACUUGAACGCAUUUCUCCUCAACAGUUUAUCUGGUUUCUGGCACCCACAGUAGUUCUCUGCUCGCAGCAGUUCGAAUAUCUCCAAUCUCAGAUCCCUGCUGUCCAGAUUAAAUUUCUGAGUGGGAGCGAUGGAGUUGAUCGCUGGACUGAGCAGAGUCUUUGGGAUGCAGUCCUUAAGAACGUCAAAGUUGUUGUAUCAACAUAUCAAAUACUCUUGGAUGCGCUGACCCAUGGAUUCGUUCGUAUGGAAUCACUGGCUCUGAUCGUGUUCGACGAAGCCCACAACUGUGUUUCAAAACACCCCGGCGCGAUGAUAAUGCAGAGCUUCUACCAUGAGAGGAAACGGAAGGGUUUAAGCGUGCCUCACAUUCUCGGACUCAGUGCUAGUCCAUCUAUGAGAGCUGAUCCACGUUACCUAGCCAAGGUUGAAGAAACUUUGGACGCAAUCUGUCGAACGCCGACGAAGAGUCGGGCCGAGUUAAGACUUCAGGUCCACCUACCGGUCUUAUCAUACGUCUACUACCAAAGUUCCCCUCCCGAACUUCAACUCACUGGCAGUACGAGAGCAAUUGCAAGCCUCGGUCAAGCAUUCGCGGACCUUCAAAUCGAAGAAGAUCCGUAUGUUCUGGGUUUGUUGAAGGAAGGUACUGAAUCGAGUCAGCGAAAGCUGCAAAAAGUACGCCUGAGACGCAGAACUUGGUGUCAAGAUCAGAUGAAGACUUUCCAUGCAAUGAGCCUCAAGAUUUGUCACGAACUUGGGGCUUGGGCGGCUGAUUACUACAUCUCAAAGGUCGUGUCUAAGUCCGUUAAGAUGGCGGAUAAUGAAGGUAACUCCAUUACAGCGUGGGAUAUCGCAAGUGCAGAGAAGCAAUACCUGGCCAAGGCUUUGAGGAAUGUCGAGAUCAACCCUGCUGCCGGCGGCGAUACUCCUGCCGUGAUGCCACUGGUCUCGGACAAAGUCACAAAGUUAAUAGAGUGUAUCCUCCGAGAACCUCCUGGGUUUUCUGGUAUUGUUUUCGUGCAAGAGAAAGCCGUUGUUGCUGUUCUGGCCCAUAUCUUGACCGUCCAUCCCGCCGUUCGUGGUCGUUUCAGGGUUGGAACGAUGAUUGGGACUUCUGCAUCUCCAUACCGUCGCAAUAUUGGAGAGCUGAUUGACGUGAAGACGCAGCAGCAGACUCUGUCCCUGUUCAAAGCCGGGGUCAUCAAUCUUAUUGUGGCCACUUCCAUACUGGAGGAAGGCAUCGACAUCCCAGCCUGUAAUCUCGUAAUCUGCUUUCAGAAGCCGGCGAACCUAAAAGCCUUUGUGCAGCGUCGUGGGAGAGCCAGACACCAAGAGUCCAAGAUGAUCCUGCUGCUGGACUCGACAGACAAUCCGACAGAGUGGGAACAGCUCGAGAUGGACAUGAAGAUGCUAUACGAAGACGAGAUGCGCACGUUGCAAGAAGUCUUGAAGAUCGAGGAUACGGAACCGCAUGACGGUAGACAAUUCCGCGUCGAGCGUACAGGUGCGCUCCUAGAUUUAGACAACGCCGUGUCGCAUCUUUACCAUUUCUGCUCUACUCUACCUGCCAAGGAGUAUGUGGACCUGAGACCGGAAUUGAUAUGUUCAGAAGAUGGCCCAUCUUUUAUCCGUGCGAAGGUGAUUCUGCCGCUCUCGGUUCACGAGGCUGUACGUACGGCUCAGAGUCGAAAGUCGUGGAUGAGUGAGAAAAAUGCUAUCAAGGAUGCUGCAUUUGAAGCGUACAUUGCACUUUACAAAGCUGGCCUGGUCAACGAGAACCUAUUGCCCUUGCUCAGACAUGAUGCUGUUCUCGAUGAGCUAACGUCUUCUGCUGUUGAAACUCGGGCAUCUAUUAUGCUUGUGAAUGAGCAACUGAACCCGUGGAUUGGCAUUGCCAAAGAAUGGAAAUCAUCCCGAGAUGUCAGACAAUUCACAAUACAACUGGGGGAUCUCAAAGUACAUUCGUAUCUUCCGAUCAAGCUACCUCCUAUAACACCAUUCAAAGUGUAUUGGGAUUCGAACACGGUGCUUUCUUUGAGUCUGCAGGAAGACACUACGGUUGGAGAAGGGCUCUUGAAAGCAUCGGAGGACACCUGGUCGAUGCUCGAAGCUGCAUUCGGUGCUCGUUUCCCAAUACAGCGGAAGCAACUCGUCAUGCUAUUUUCGUCGACAGAAAAUAAGCACCUCAGUGAUCAAAUGGGUCGUCAGACAGUCGCUCUUACUGAAUCGUCUUACUUUGGUCUGAUCAGAGAUACAACCAACAAUGUGCCAUAUUUCUUCAGACAAUGGAUUGCAGAGAAGCCAAGUGUAGAGAUGGUGCAAAAGCCCUACCUGGGCUAUGCUGAUAUACCUAUAGAUUCACCUCAUCUGUCUCUGACUCGGCUCCCCCGACGGCUGGAUCUUCUCCACAAAUUUCCCCUUGCGAAUUCCCAAGCUUCAAACAAGCCAUACUCUGUGGUCUUGCCGACUUCGAGGUGCACUGUUGAUGACUUGCCUGUUGAGUAUGUCCAAUUUGCGAUGGCAAUUCCGUCAAUCAUGCGUCGCCUAGAAGUCUAUCUCCUGGCAGAUCUACUUUGCACCACCAUACUUCGAGACGUUGGCAUUAGGGAUAUCAGUUUGGUUGUGACUGCGAUAAGCGCAUCUAGUGCCCAAGAGGAGACGAACUAUCAACGCCUGGAAUUCCUGGGUGAUAUGACGUUGAAGCUUUGUACCGCAGUGCAACUGGUGUCCAAAUACCCUUUAUGGCAUGAAGGAUACCUCUCGGCCCAGAAGGACAGGUUCGUGGCCAACUCGCGAUUAUCAAGGGCGGCCAUGGAGACCGGCUUGGACAGAUUCAUUGUAACAAAGGCAUUUACGGGCAACAAGUGGCGCCCGCUGUAUGUCGACGAUCUGCUUGAGCAACCCACAGACACACAGAGGAGUCUGUCCUCCAAGGUGCUCGCCGAUGUUGUCGAGGCACUUAUUGGUGCUGCCAUGGUUGAUGGAGGGUUCCCCAAAGCUCUCGCAUGCCUCCGGGUCUUCAUUCCUGAACUCGAUUGGCAAUCACUUGAGGAAAGGCGAUUCGCGCUCCUUCAGCGAGCCCCCGAAAUUGAAUUACCAGCAACACUCCGGUCAUGUGAGGAGCUCAUCCAGUACGAGUUCAAGAAGAAGUCAUUGUUAGUUGAAGCAAUGACCCACGCCUCUUGCAAUUCAGGGAUUGGCUCGCUGGAGCGGUUGGAGUAUUUGGGAGAUGGAGUGCUAGACAGGGUUAUCACCACCAUUCUCUUCAGACUGGAACCCAAGCUCUCCCACGUGCAAAUGCAUCUGAUAAGGACCGCGCUCGUGAAUGCAGAUUUCCUGGCUUUCGUGUGCAUGGAAUGGGCCAUAGUGCAAGAAGGGGCAGAUGUCGUGGAGGCCACGGCUGAGGACAAGACCCGCGGGAAGUUUCUGGAAGUAUCCUCGAAAGUUUCACUACCCCUCUGGAAAUUCAUGCGACAUCACUCGCCCGAUCUUGGUGCCGAGCAGGUCGGAACGGCGAAACGACACGCAGAGCUCCGCGACCAGAUCAACGCGGCCAUCGAGACUGGGUCACACUACCCUUGGGCUCUCCUCGCGCGGCUGCAGGCGCCUAAGUUCUUCUCUGACAUUGUGGAGAGUCUUCUGGGUGCCGUCUGGGUCGAUUGUGGAUCUUUCUGGGUCUGCCACGAGAUCUUGGAAAGGGCAAAAAUCCUGCCGUACCUGCAGAGGAUCAUCAACGAGGGGUUGCACACCUUGCACCCCAAAGAGGAGCUGGGGAUGCUCGCCGAUACGCUCACGGUGCGGUAUGACAUCGAGAUGCGGAGAAAGACAGCGCUGGACACGGAGGAUGUGGCCAAUGCCAUGGGCGAGAGGGAAUACCUGUGCAGAGUGUUCGUUGGGGAGGUUGAAGUGGUUGCAGUGGACGGCGGGGUCAGCAGGGAGGAGGUACAGACGAAGGCGGCGGAAAUGGCCGUUACGAUUUUGAAGGCUCAGAAGGAAAAGCGGAUUGGUAGCAAAGAGAUGGUCGGGCGGGACGACAUGGUCAAGAAGCAAAAGUUGAACGUGGAUAUUGAAGUGGUUGAUAUUGAAGUCAACGUGGAAACGGGUAUGGAUUGGGAAUGAAUGAAUGAAUG